AUGGUCACUAACGUCCGCACAUCUACCUCUGUUUUCAAAACAGUCAAUGGGCUUUCCUUGACUAUUGACGUGUCUAUCCCGGAAGACUUCCAGCAAGGGACGGGGAUCGUGCUUGUUCAUUUCCAUGGUGGCUUUCUACAGCUGAUAUACCGCCUACAGGUGCUCGGCGAGAAAACCACCUUCCCGCCGCUUUGGCUGAUCCGGGCCUGCCAUCGACGCGGAUGGGCCUAUGCGACAGCCUCUUAUCGGCUGUUACCAGAAGCGAGCGGAUUGGACAUCCUAUCCGAUGCGCUGGACGCCGUGCGCUGGAUCCAUGACCACAUCAGCAAGAACAUUAUCAUCGCGGGCUCGAGUGCAGGCGGCUAUCUGGCACUGGCAACCGCCGCAAACCCGCACGCUCCCCGCCCACUGGCCGUGCUAUCCAUCUACGGCAUGCUCGAUCUCGCGAGCCAGAGAUACGUCCAGCCCGCACUCGAGUUCAGCGGAUUCACCGUCUCGGACAUAACAGCGUCGGCGGAAGAGAUCACCAAGGCAAAGACAGCCGGCCAGCUGGUCUUGUUUCCGGAUCUUCUAACCCGGAUUCCCGGACUCGCCGGACGCAUCCUCCAGGAGGGUGUGGAGGUCAUCCCCGAGGAUGUCCGGGCGAUUUUCCCCGCCACGUUUGGCCUGGAUGCGAACUUUCCUCCAACCGCUCUCGUUCACGGUGAUGCGGACGUCCUGGUUUGUUUCGACCAGAGCGCGGCAGUGUCGCAGAAGCUGCGAUCGAAGGGUGUCAGUGUCUUAUUCGAGCAGGUAGUUGGUCAGGGACAUGGGUUUGACGUGCGAGUCCCUGAUGACAUUGAUAUUGAUGACCCCAAAGCAGGGGAUCCUCCUUUCUAUGACAAUCUCAGACGGAUACUUGCCUAUUUAGAAUCUGUCUGCAAGGAGCGAGCUUGCGCGUAG